AGAGAGAGGGGAGAAAAGAAGGGCUGCUAGAGGAGUACGAGUAAAAGACGAAUUUGACGACUCCAAUCCUCAUAUCAUGGAGCAAAAGCGUGAUGGUUUGAGGCUUUGAGCUAAGGAAGCCGCAAUCUUUCGAGGGGAGAGUGUCGUUCCGUUCCGUAAUCAGUUCACCCGCCCAGGAUGGCUGCUUUCUCGUGCUCCUUGGGUCGUGCCUUUGCUGCUGUUUCUAAACCAAAGCAUUCUUUGCCCUCUCAAAUCAAUGACCGGAGCUCUUUUAUCAGUCCGAGCUCCCAAGUCCCAUUGAAGCAGAGUAUUAUCUUCCGAAAGACGAGGUCUAUCUCACCAAAGACCACCAAAAUUUCUUGCAAUCUGGAGGCUUCUGCCAGCUCAACUUCAGCCAAAACUUUCCAUGGCCUAUGCUAUGUCGUAGGGGACAACAUUGACACUGACCAAAUUAUCCCCGCGGAGUACCUUACCCUAGUUCCCUCCAACCCUGAUGAAUACGAGAAGCUUGGGUCCUAUGCCCUGAUUGGCCUCCCUUCAACCUAUACCACUCGAUUCAUUGAGCCCAACCAGAUGAAGACGAAGUACUCAAUUGUUAUCGGGGGAGAUAACUUUGGGUGCGGUUCUUCACGUGAGCAUGCACCUGUAGCCCUCGGCGCGGCGGGUGCUGUGGCUGUGGUGGCAGAGUCUUAUGCGAGGAUAUUCUUCCGAAAUUCUGUGGCCACUGGAGAAAUUUACCCUUUGGAGUCAGAGGUUAGGAUUUGCGAGGAGUGCAAGACAGGGGAUACGGUAACUAUAGUGUUGGCUGAGAGCAAGUUAAUCAACCAUACAACUGGAAAGGAAUAUAAGUUGAAGCCAAUUGGUGAUGCUGGUCCUGUGAUUGAUGCUGGUGGCAUUUUCGCGUACGCAAGGAAAACCGGAAUGAUUCCGUCACAAGCAGCUUGAAUGAGCGGUGUCGGUAUGGAGUCAUCUUCUUCUUCAGACCCCUGCAAUAAGACCGUCAUCUUCUCUAAUUGCAGAGGAAGUAUUUUUACUCGAUUUGUGCAACUGUCAUUUCAAUCCCAUGUCUGUUCUUACUGAAUUUUCUGUUGUUUUAAUAAAGGUAUGAAGUGGAUCUCUUCAUCUGGAUUGAGGCUGCCGUGUUGUAGUCUUGGUAACUGCUAUAAUGAUCCGAAUGGGAAUAAGAACCUUGUUUUCUUAUUGCCCUUCUUACCUGUCGAUCAACUUGAUAUAUUUGGCAUUCUGUUGUUACACUAUACAUUCUCUUAUCUGCUUCGGCGAAGUGGUGAUACUGAAGUUGGAACUCAGUGUUUUAUGAACUGUCUCUAUGCCCUCAAUUCCCGAUUU